AGGUUUUGUUUCUUUGUUUCUUCUCAAUAUAUCAGUAUGUCUAUUAAAAAUGUGAUUUCACUUUUAAUGGUCCUAUGCAUCGUAGUUUCUGUAAAUGCUCAGUUGCCACAAUUUUCGUUUUUCUCUGAUCCAUUUCAGUUGAUUUCUGGUAUGCCAGGAUUUUCUCAUGUAACAAAAUGUUAUUCAUCUUUUAUGAAAUUUCCAAUAUGCGUUAUAGAAGUUUCUCGAGCCAUAUCUGCUCUACAAGUGGGCAACAUCGGUCAUACUUGUUGCAAGGCAUAUUUAAACACUGAAGAUAACUGUUUGCCAAAAAUUUCAUUCAUGCCAAGUUUUCCUUCUUUGAUAAGGAUACACUGUUCAAAAGUUGUUGGCGCAUCAAAAUAGAAUUUUAAAAUAUUAUGUGAGUCUUUUAACAUUAAAAAAAAAAAAUAUUAUAUUUUAAAUAUGGUUGAUUCGAUAAAUGUUGUACUCAAAAACUACAAUAAUACAAUAAUAGCACUACAACAUUCAAUUUUCAAUGUUUCAUCUUUCUUCAG